AUGUUCCACCAUUCAGCCCUUCGGUUGUACUCAAGGAUAUCCAGCCGGUCCGUUCCCCAGCAGCAGCUGGGUGGUAUUCCCCGCCCCAUUGCCCAGCGCAUCUUCCUGCGGGGAGGAUGGACCGGGCGGAGCAGCAUGACCAGAAUCAGCGUCGGCGGCGGAAUCUUCGCCCAGCUUCGUUUUCCGUCGACGUUCCCCGCGGUAAUGCCGCCGCCGCUCGCGCUCGUGCGUGGAUGCGCCGGGGCCGACGGCGCCAUCGUCCUCUCCACCCCCGCCGCCGCCGCCGCCGCCGCCGGUUUGGCAUCGCGGGUUUUCAGCACGUGCCCCCUCCUCCUCCUCGGCCUGAGCAGCGCAACCGCCGGCGGGGGAACGAAGACGGUGCUAUCCCUGCCGCAGCAGCUCCUCAUCCUCCCGUCGACGGCCGGCGUGUUCUCUGGCUCGUCGGGUGCAAUCGGGACUGUGUGGUGCCGCCGGAUGUCCGCCUCCAAGCGAUCGGUCGCGGCGCGGUGGGUCUCGGAGGCUAUGUGCGGACCUUUCGACCCUUCCCGCGAGCUCGGCGCUUUCGGCACCAUCCACGGACCACUUGCAGCCUGCUGGGAGACGGUGACGGCGGUCCCGGCGGCGGUGUUAACAGUGACGGUGCGGCCGGUGGUGGUCGCGCGGGUGGCGGUGACCGGGAACGCUGGAGCUGGGUUCUCCCCCUACACCCCUUCAUCGACCGGAGCGUGCACAAUCGACGCCUCCUCCACCGAUACUUCCAAGGUCGGCGGCAGGUUUUCCCGCGGUGGUAGCGUGCCCGCCAUCUCACCCGCCGACUGGACGCUGCCGGCCUGGAGCUCGGCUCUGUCGUGGUCGUCUUCUUCUGGUACCCGCGAGGGGGCGGACAAGACCGGCGCCGCCUCCUGGACGAUCGGAGAGCAGCCCUCGUGUCCGAUGCUCGCUAGCCUGAGAGAGAGACUGGAGAGCGGCCCGGUGCCUUCGGCGUUUGGGUUCGCUGGGCAUGGUCGCGGUUGCCCGCCCCACCUCUCCGCGUGGCCGACGAUCUCGAGAACCGCUACGGGAACGGCGACGGAACACGGAGCCGCAGCGUCGUCGUCGGCGGCGGCAGGUGCUGUCCCCGCCGCGGCCUACGGUGCGUGUGCAUCGUACUCCGGGUACGCCUUGCACGCCGGCGGUCACAAGCGAGACCGUUAUGUGCUGGAGAACAUGGACCUCCUGGACGCCGCCGACGAGAAGAAGGGGGCCGCCGCGGCAGCCAGCCGCAAGGACAACGACGACGGCAAGAUGAAGACCGACAUGAUCUACGGCAACCACGGCUCGUCCGACUGCACGGAGGAGGAGGAGGAGGCGUCGCCGACAGAGAGCAAGAAGAUGCAGCGGCACCGGUGCGAGGAGCUUGACACCGACGAGGACUACCUCGCCAAGAUCGACCCUAUGACGGAAGAGGUGUCGUCGCUUUUGCAGAAGUCUCUGACCGCCGCGGUCAGCGUCGCUCCGCCCACGCCACCGCUCACCCCCGCAUCCACGAUGUCGUCUCCCGCGGAUUCCUUCCACGGGUCGACCCGGGCCGUGUUCUUCGGGAGCGGCUCCAACGAGAACGACAGCGGCGCUAUCUUUGAGAGCGUGAACGAAGACUCUCUGCUGGUGGUACCGCGCUCGCCGGGUGUGGUCGACAUUCCCCCUCCCCGGUUCCCGUCGCCUCGUGUGUACCUCACCGCCGACGGCCUCAACAUGAAUCUCUGCAUCCUGGACGGGGUCAACUCGGAUGGCGGUUUUGGUUACGUGGUGUUUGUGAAGGACAAGGCCAUGAAGGAGUCUUUCGCGUUCAAGACAUCCAAGGACACACCGGCCGGACGCCGGCAGAUGGAGCGGGACGUGGCGGCCCUGAGCGACGUGUGGGGCAAGGUGUCCCACGUCGUGCACGUCCAAGAGAUAUCGUCGACUUCCGGUGCGCCCAUGCUCCUCAUGCGCAGUGAGCCUGGCACCGCCAGCUCGAUGCUCAGCCGGUGGUCGAACACCGACCCCCGGGCCCUCGUGAGGAAAACGGAGUUGAAUUCCCUUCACCCUCACUACCUGAUGUCUUACGUCCGCGCGUAG